AUGGCGGACCGAAACACAUAUCUCAAGUACAAGCGUGACCAGAGACACAUUGUCUAUUGGAUCAUCUCUACUUCUGCCCAUAUCAUCAAGAAACUCUCUUCUGAGGCCCCAGUGGCUGCGAACACCACUGGAGUGGUCUCCUUGGCAACACUGAAGUCACUCUCGGCGCUUAUCGCGAAACAUAUCGACCCGAUUCCCACUACCAUAUUUCGCUUGUUUGAAGCAAUCAUCGAUGCUAGGAAAGAAACACAUAAUCUUUUCCUGAAGCUCACCGCCUCGGAUCCAAACAUCCAAAAAAGCAAUGAGUCGCAUAAGCAUUGGAUAAAUGGCCUGACAGAUGCUUUCAAUGCCCUGGGAGGAGAGAAGUGGCAGUCAGGAAGGAAAUGUGAUUCUGAGGCACUUGAUGAAGACGAGGAGCAAAUUAUCUUUGCGAACAAAUUUUCCACGCUGAGCCUGGAUAGCCAGACGAAAGAAGGAGGAGAAGGGGCAAAAGAAGAAAUUGAUGGUGACGGCAGUGAAGAUGAGGAUGCUGAUCUUGCAGAAGCUACCAUCCCUGCUGCAACCAGACGGUCGAAACAAAAGCCUACCAAAAAGGGGAAGAAGAAUAAACGAGGGCGCAAGCCGAAGACCAAAAGAAAGACGGUGGACACUGCCUUUACUCUCGACCUACAGGAUGUUCCCCUGGAGAGUUAUCGCAUCAUUGAGGAUGAGACUGGCAUGGUCACUGAGUACUUGAUGGCUGUCUACUCACUUACCAAUCAGUUGGUGGAGCUCCGUCAUUACCUACAGGGUGUCUGGCGUCAGGUAGCCUAUCAGGGCUUGAACAGUGUUGUUGCUGCAAAUCUAUGCAAUGUGGCAAUUGCGAUGAUCAAGGACACGCAAUCCCAGAUUUUCGUUGAUUUUCCUAGCCACGACUCUUUUGAUGUCGUUAUGCAGACACUCACGCGUGGAGAUCCUGAAAAGUCUCAAGGCAUGUUCCAUAUGCAAGCUGCGCGACAAAACCCGGAUGGAACAUGUAAUAUGUCGGCGCAACGUGACAUCGAUGUGAGAGAAGAGUUCCUACUGAACACCAAUCAGGACCUAUUCGACUUUGUCACCGACUAUCAGGCGACACGCACCGGUAAGCCUACCAAGGCUAUGCUCAAAAGCAUCCAGAAUUGGGAUCCCAAGUUGGAUCUUCAAAGAACAACCAAAGAGCAACGCUUGAAGUGGCGCCGAGCAUACACCAUCAACUGGCUAUACGACUUGGUCAAUGUUUUUUCCUCGGUUGUCGUUCAGCGACGGACACUCAAGGGACAGCACAUUCCUCUCGAAACGGUUGAUUGGUCUAGGACCGGACCCUGGAGCGAACAUCGGCUAUUAUUCGGCAUCAACGAUUUUGCUGGCGACAUCACCCAUCUCGCGGUACAAAAGCCUGGGACAGAUUUUCGGUCAAAGAUCCUUCCUCACCAUGUCUUCCAGCUGCAGUCCAUCGUGGACUCUCUUACUGUGUCUCGCGGCUGGUCGGUUGGUAUUUUUGAGGGCCAUGUCCUGAACCCGCCUGCUUCCGAGUUUCGGCCUCGGAGAGAUGUCGAUCUUUUCAUGGAUCGCGAGUCAACAAGACCCAACAGGGGUUUCUGCCAGUCAGUGGGGGUACUGACUCAAUUAUUCGACCGAGAUGCUAUGCUUCAUGGAGACCCCAAUCGCAACGCUUCACUCAAACAACUGCUGAUUGGACUUCAAGAGGACUUCAUCAACUGGCUUGGGGAAAGCAUGUAUAUGUAUGGCUUAAACACUAUCCCUCCGUCGCGGUUUUCAAACACAAACAGCAAUGGCCUAUGGGAAUAUUCUCCGUUCCUCUGUGGUGCAGGCCUGUCGGAAGCACUUGAAUUGACAUACGGCAUGGGUAUGCUCAUCUGGGAGAGGGUUCCUGAGCCGAUGUGCGUCCUUCAUCUACACAACAUGUUGGUCCAGAAAGGCCUGAUAGCACGACCAGUAGGACUGUGGAGUACCCUCGAGUUUCUUUUCCGGGAUUCCUUCUUCUCCAACGGGAAGAUACCCACCUCUAAAUUUGUCGAGGCCAUCGAGACUCGGGUUGGUGGGCCCAACGUUCGUCGGGAGAGAUUCCGGAAUCAGGUACGAAGACAACAGCUCGGCCGAAAUGCGACGGAUUUGAACGAACUGCUAGAUCCCAGUGUCAAUCGCUUUUUCAAAACUAAAUCUUUACUGCAAGUCUACCGGAGCGCAGACUGGAUUCCAGAUCGAAUCCCGGAUGAAGACAUCCCCUUUGCCACGGCUCUAGCGUUCAUGCGUUUGGCCAAGGCUAGGCAAACCAGGGAUCGCGCCACAGAUGAAGUUACCCUGGCAGACACCGACCUGGUCAGGCGUGCUAGAUUCCAGGGGAUGAGUGACAAAGACAUCAUCGGAAUAUCAUCCAAGAUGUCAUCUAUGUCAGAGGAGCCUGAUAUGUCUGUAUUGAUGAGAACUGUUCAGGCCACUUUACCCGAGGGAUACUCGUGUGGUCCGCUCGGUGGUCCUGGUAAACGCGAUCUUAGCCUUCCUGCAUACUUGAGCCUUCUCCAGCACGAUUUCAUUACGGACGUCUGUGGCGAGACGAGGCCGCUAUCCAGUCUGAACUACAUGUGGGUUCUCGUGCGCUGCUAUGUGCUGUUCAUGCAGAUAGAAGACAAUCUACGGGCUUGUCGCAACCCAACAUGGGUUUUGGCUUAUGAAGGGGACUCCAGAUUGACGCAGCAGAAACGGGUGUCACUUACCGUGGCGGCUUUGGGAGAGAGAGAUCCAGAGUGCUUGAAAAUUAUUGCAGACGUGUUUGAGGGGCAAAGAGGUGGAUUCAUGGACCAUAUCUACUGGGACAAUCUGUUGGACUCUUUCAACACGCGGGAAAUCUUUGCAUCUGGGAACGAAACUCCCUUUGGCCCAGAUUCUUGCACGAUCAUGUGA